GCAAUUUCAGUGUUUCGGUUUCCACCGCAACUGAACUCUUUUUGCUUUGGCUUCUCAUACUCACCAUCUUUUACUACUUCACUAUUUCUCUUGUCACAGAAUCUUUUUCUCUCUUUACACACUGCAAACUUCAAAUCUCUCAUUAUUUCUUCUCUGUGUACUUUGUGGGUUUGAUUUCUAAACCGCAAAGAUUUUCAUUUCCCUUCCAAAUUUUGAUCAAAAACUCAUAUUUUUCCCAAACGGGUAAAGAGUAUCAAGGAAAGUCUAUACAUACUUGUUGAUCCUUGAUAUCCAAGGCAGGUGUAUAUCUCUGAAUCAUACGUUAAUUUCUUUCCUUUCUUGGUUUCCUGGAGCAAACCCAUUUAAAGUCUCUGCCUUGCUGGAAAACUUUUUCCAUUAGAGCUCUUCUGUGGUUAUCACAAAAAGUCCUUUGUUUGCUUUCAAGUAAAUCCUUUUUUGGCUCAGUGGUGAUCUUUCUAUCUAUUUAGUCUUCUUGUUCACGAUUCUUAGGCUUUCUCGAACCUCUUUAUUCUUUCAUUCGCUUUUCCUUUCGAUGCGAAUAGUCCGAAUCUGAUCAGAGAGAAAAAAGAAAGAAAUGGACCAGAGUAUCCUAUGUCCAAUCAAGUACACAGAACACCGGAGAGUGACAAAAAAGCACACAAAGCCACAUAAAGCGGUCUCCGAUGGCCGGAAACAUAUAGAGCCCAGAGUUGUUCGGAUAUCCGUGACCGACCCAGAUGCCACGGACUCAUCCAGCGACGAAGAAGAGCAAGAAAACUACUUCUUCCUCCGCCGGCAGCGCGUGAAGCGGUACGUGAACGAGAUCAACAUCGAAACCAGCUGCAAAGCCGCUGUGGUAUCGAACCCGAGGAAAAGACCCGCGGUUGAGUCCGCGGCCAGUCCUAUCAGAAAGGUCCGGCCGGUUAGUAGAGCUUCUUCAACUACUACUACUACUACUACUCCGCCGAACGGCAGAAAGUUCCGUGGCGUUCGGCAAAGGCCUUGGGGAAAAUGGGCUGCCGAGAUUCGAGAUCCGGCGAGGCGUGUACGGCUUUGGUUGGGGACUUACGAGACUGCAGAAGAGGCUGCCAUGGUUUAUGAUAAUGCAGCCAUUAAACUCCGUGGCCCUGACGCUUUAACGAAUUUCGUUAUUCCACCGCCACCGCCGAGACAAAAGCCCGAAAUCGAUGUCGCUUCCGUUUCGGGUUACGACUCGGGCGAUGAGUUUCACAACCUGUCUUCACCGACCUCUGUGCUUCAAUACAGAACUCAGUCCAGUGAAGAAGAAGAAGCCGAGCCGCCGAAACAGGAACCUGAACCGGUACCGAACAGUGAACCCCAACAGCAGCAACAUGAACAACAACUGGUUGUUGAAGACAUGUUUCAAGAAUGUCAAGGCGAAACGAGAGUGUCCGAUGAUUUGGGUGACUUUUUGCAGUUCGACUUGCCUUGUUUCGACGAUGCGUUCAACUUUUCGGCAUCCGAUUUGCCGAUGCUUUCGGAGCCCCCUCUUUUCUUUGAUGAGCCAAUACCGGACGAUAUAUUUAAGGACGAUUUCGGUGCGUUAUUCGGUGAUAGUUUCGGGUCUACUUCAACGUCGACAACGAUGAACCAAGGUGAUGAUUAUUUUGAUGACAUUUUGUUUGGAUUGGACCCUCUUGUGGAGCUAUGACUUAUGAGUGAGUCACUGUGAGUGACAGACUCUUUGGAAUGAGUGAUUGUUGUCGCCGUUGCCGAUUUCUCGGCAGAUUUUGAACCGGCUACAACAGUAAUAUCGGCUAGUUUUUUUUUUUAUUUAUUUUUAAAAUAUUAAUAUUAUGGAGCAAUAGGUUGUAUUAGUACUAAUUAUCUAUUUAAAUAUCUCUGCUUAAAUUAGCAGAGAUAUGAGUGGAGUUUUGUUUUAAUUUUUAUUCAUAAAGUUUUGUUAAGAGUGUAUAAUUUUCAGGGAUUAAUGGAAAAAAGUGUAAGUUAUUAA